AUGAUAUUAUUGGAUGCGCCCGUGGGCACUGGAUUCUCCUAUUCACGAACUGCAGAAGGUUACAACGUGAACGACACACUAUCAGCUUCACAAAUCUAUACUUUUCUAAGGAAGUGGCUUAUCAAUCACCCCAAGUUUCAGAAAAAUCCACUCUAUGUCAGUGGUGACUCAUAUUCAGGCAUAAUAAUCCCCAUGGUGGUUCAGGAAAUAUCCAAUGGCAAUGACGAAGGGAAAGAGCCAAAAAUGAAUAUUCAAGGAUACACGAUUGGAAACCCAGUAACAGAUCACUUUAGUGACUUCAAUUCAAGAAUUGCAUACACUCAUCGAGUAGGAAUUCUUUCAGAUGAGCUCUAUGAGGAACUUAAAGAAAGCUGCAACGGGAAGUAUGUAUAUGUAGAUCCAAGCAAUGUAGAAUGCACAAACAAUCUCAAAGUGUACACACAGUGUAUCAAUAAAAUAUAUUCUGCACACAUAUUGGAACCUUCGUGUGCCAUGUUGUCACCAAAUCCAAAUGCAUCAAAAUUGGAUCAAAGUUCCCUCCAAGAUAUCAAUUCCAUAGGUUUACUCCUUUCUCAACCUCAAAAACCUGAACCAUGGUGCCGGAGUUAUAACUACGUGUUUUCCUACCUCUGGGCUAAUGAUAAAACUGUCCAAAAGGCUCUUCACGUUCGAGAGGGAACAGUAAAGGACUGGGUGAGAUGCAAUGAAAGCUUGUCUUACACUUCUAAUGUCUUCAGUUCUGUUGAUUAUCAUCGAAAUCUCACUAAGAAAGCUUAUCGAGCUCUGAUUUACAGUGGUGAUCAUGAUAUGCUUAUUCCAUAUGUUGGUACACAAGCAUGGAUAGCAUCUCUCAACUUAAAUAUUUCUGAAGACUGGCAACCAUGGUUUGUGGAUGGUCAAGUUGCAGGGUUUAGGGUUGAGUGUUCACACAACAAAUAUCUGAUGACAUUUGCUACUGUAAAGGGAGCGGGUCACACAGCUCCAGAAUACAGGCCUAAGGAAGGCUUUGCCAUGGUUUAUAGGUGGCUUGCUCACUACUUUCUCUAGAUCGAUCCAAAUUCAUUAAGGAGUUCUGCCUCA